GUUGGCGUGGCCGCUCCGGAGUCCACUGCCCGGUCAGCAAACAGGACUGAAGCCCAGGGGCAGGUACCCGGGGCUGUGGGCGAGCCGGGGCCCAGCUGGAAGGCCUCGGGCCCCAGCCGACCCUCAGGCUCAGGCGGGCACUUCACGGCCAAGGGCUUGAGGCCUGGCUUAUCUCCCCAGGUGCCCUGUUCCCUGCCACUUUAUCAGGGAGGGUAAGAAGGUGUCAGAGCUCGGGACUCCCGUCCUCCCUCCCCGUGGGACGGGGCCCAGGUGCAAGGGGGAGGACGACCCUGGGGCAUGGCCAGAAGACCUCUGACCUGGGAGAGUUUAAAAGGCCCCAGGACCUUCUCUCAGCCUCAGUUGAUGUUCCCAAUUAGCUGCAGGAUGAGGCGGGUGCUGAUUUUCAGUGUGUUGCUAGGGGCUGUGCUUGGCAAAGAGGACUUUACGGGGCACCAGGUGCUCCGAAUCUCUGCUACCGAUGAAGCCCAGGUACAGAAGGUGAAGGAGCUGGAGGACCUGGAGCACCUGCAGCUGGACUUCUGGCGGGGCCCUGCCCAGCCUGGCUCCCCCAUCGACGUCCGAGUGCCCUUCCCCAGCACCCAGGCUGUCAAAAUCUUCCUGGAGGCCCAUGGCAUCGGGUACACGACCAUGAUUGAGGAUGUGCAGGCCCUGCUGGACGAGGAGCAGGAGCAGAUGUUCGCCUUCCGGACCGGGGCCCGCUCCACGGACACCUUUAACUACGCCACCUACCACACCCUGGAGGAGAUCUAUGGCUUCAUGGAUAUCCUGGUGGCUGAGCACCCGCAGCUCGUCAGCAAGCUCCAGAUUGGCAACAGCUACGAAGGGCGUCCCAUCUACGUGCUGAAGUUCAGCACUGGGGGAAACAGCCGUCCUGCCAUCUGGAUCGACACCGGCAUCCAUUCCCGGGAGUGGGUCACCCAGGCCAGCGGGGUCUGGUUUGCAAAGAGGAUCACACAGGACUAUGGCCAGGACUCCACGCUCACUGCCAUUCUUGACUCCAUGGACAUCUUCCUGGAGAUUGUCACUAACCCUGAUGGUUUUGCCUUCACCCACAACAAGAAUCGCAUGUGGCGCAAGACUCGGUCCCUCACGGAGGGCUCCUCCUGUGUUGGAGCGGACCCCAACCGGAACUGGGAUGCUGGCUUUGGGAUGCCUGGAGCCAGCAGCAACCCAUGCAUGGAAACUUACCGCGGCAAGUUUGCCAAUUCCGAAGUGGAGGUCAAGUCCAUCGUGGACUUUGUGAAGAACCACGGGAACAUCAAGGCCUUCAUCUCUAUCCACAGCUACUCCCAGCUCCUCCUGUAUCCCUAUGGCUACAAAGCAGAGGUGGCCCCUGACCAGGCUGAGCUGGACCAGGUGGCCGAGUCUGCUGUGACAGCCCUCUCCUCUCUGUAUGGGACCAAGUUCCAGUAUGGCAGCAUCAUCAAAACAAUUUACCAAGCCAGUGGAAACACCAUUGACUGGAGCUACAGCCAAGGCAUCAAGUACUCCUUCACCUUCGAGCUCCGGGACACGGGGCGCUAUGGCUUCCUGCUGCCGGCCUCCCAGAUCGUCCCCACGGCCCACGAGACGUGGCUGGCGCUUCGCGCCAUCAUGCAGCACACCCUCAAUCACCCCUACUGAACUGGCCCUUCUGCGCCCUCCUCUUCCUCCUCUCUGGCCCCACCCAGGCAACCGAAUAAAGUCUGAGUGUCCAUGGAACAGAACCUGGGGGCUGGCACGGACGAGGGCGUCUGCCUUUGCAAGCCGGGGCAGAAGUGGUUUAGUUCCUGCAGGCCUCCCUGGGAAUGUGUGGGUGGCUGGACUAGAUGACCCCUAAAUUCCCCUGCAUUCCGAGGUCCUCUGAAGUUGGAUCCAAGUGGCUCGGUCUUAAUCAGAGCAGCCCGCGCUCGGCUCAUCGGUGCGGCGGUUCGUUCACACCUGAGUGGCCGGCGGCCGCCGCAGCUGCUACCACAUGCCGACACCUGCGGGGGGAGGAGUUCGGCCUGCGCCGCGGUGGAGCUAGUUGGGGCCGUUUAUCCACAGAGGCAAGGACUCUGAGCAUGGCCGAGGCUAAUCCCGGUGGCCGCUGCUGUCCCAAGUAGACAUCGCAGCCAGGCAGAGCAAAUUUAACUAAGUCGGAAGAAAACAACCGGGUUCAGGGAAAAAUUUCCUGGAGAUAAAGAACAAACACCAAUCCCAGGACAUUUUAUUAACUGUAGUACAUCACGGAGACUUUGCUUUUAGGGACAGAAGGGGCCUUAUUUUCAUAUGCCACAUCCUUUCUAGCAUCCUUCGACACAUGGUCUCCACUUCCUCUCCUGUUUUACCCACCACCACUCCCUUGCCAUUUGCAAAAUUUCUCAAAUAUAAGGCUCUCCCUCUGAUACUCUCCAGAGCUCCUAAAACUCACCGGCUUUCCUCCUGCGGCUCGGCGGUUCUGAUGGCUGUGACAUGGCACGGAGCGCUAGCCCCACGAUACACUGGGCAUCUCAGCUUUUUUUUUUUUUUUUAAAGAUUUUAUUUAUUUGACAGAGAGAGACACAGCGAGAGAGGGAACACAAGCAGGGGGAGUGGGAGAGGGAGAAGCAGGCUCCCUGCAGAGCAGGGAGCCCGAUGAGGGGCUCGAUCCCAGGACCCUGGGAUCAUGACCUGAGCCGAAGGCAGACGCUUAACGACUGAGCCACCCAGGCGCCCCUCAGCUUUUUUUCAAAGCAAGAAUCUACCCGGUGUUUCUUCCAAAUCUCUUCAGAUGCAAAUGUGGAGCAAAUGUGGGGGUUAUUCUCACAGCAAUCGCUGGAAGGGAGCGAGGGUGGAUUGGUAGCUCCCCAAAGAGGGAAGCUGGGGGGAAAAGAUGGCAGCUUUCCCUGUGUGAGCCAGGCGAGGUGUUGCAGCACCUCCAGCUCCAAGGACGUAAAAGUCUUAUCUUUUCCACAGGUCAAAUGCUCUAUUUUUGUUUGUUUUGCUACCAAACAUUCCAGAAAACAAAAAGUAUGAGGCAGACUAUACAUACAGUAUAUAUAAACUUACAUAUAUGUAGGUUUAUGAGGCAAGGUAAAAUGGUGUUUCAGUCUUAUCUUUUUUUAAGAUUUUCUUUAUUUGAGAGAGAGAGCGAGAGCACGGGCACACAUGCGCGUGCGCGACUGGAGGGAAGAGCGGAGGAAGAGGGAGAAGCAGACUGAGCGCAGAGCCCGACGCGGGGCUCGAUCCCAGGACCCUGAGAUCAUGACCUGAGCCGAAGGCAGCGGUUUAACUGACUGAGCCACCCAGGCGCCCCAGUAUUCCAGUCUUUACAGAAAAAUGACCUAAAGAUUUUAUAACACUCCCUUCAAGUUAUCUUUUGGGAAACACUUCCAUUCAAUCUGUGUAGAUAAGCUGAAACCCAUUUUGAUGGCUCAGUUUGGACAAGUAAAAAGCUGAUCUUAUUUUUUUAUUUUGUUAAGUUUGCAAGGACACUAUAUCUUACAAAAUCAGAUUACUUAGACUUCAAGGGUAGAAUUGCUUAAUUUAAAAUAAUUGUGCUUCCGGAUAGCAGGCACCACUUUGUUUGGCAUUCAAUCUCCAAAACCACCAACAGUAGUUGACGUAUAGAUGCCCAAUAAAUAUGUUGAGUGAAUGUUCUCUACUUUUGCUAGCGAACGAACUCAUGAAUUUUGUAAUCUGUACAGUGUAGGCUUGUGAGUUAUUUUGAAUUCCCUGAGUUGUAGUUUAGGAAGUGAGGCUCUGAGCAAGUAAGAGUCUUAAGACACCUGACAAGAUAAGGAACGAACCCCAGAAUGAAAAUUCCAUGAGGGCAGAGAUUGCAUUGUUUUUUCAACACGUAAUCCCUAUUGGUUGGCCAAAUACACGGCACAUAGUAGGCACUUAAUAAAUACUUGUUAAAUGGAGACAUGGAACUUGUUAAUACUUUUUUUUUUUUUUUUUUUGUAUUU